AUGUGUGAUCCGGUAAGUCAUUUAACUUUCAAUGAUGAUUUAAAUUUCAAUGAUGAUUUAAAUUCUUUCGAUAAUGUUGAGAACGCUACACCUUUUUUUAAUGCUUUCAACAACGUUUGCAAAGAACAUGGGUUUGAAGAGUGUAUAAGUUGUUACAUGAAUAUUCCUUUCCUAGAUUUUUCCAACGAUUCUCUUCCAGACUCUUUCAACCUUUCCGAUUCCUCUGAUUUUGAAAUUUUGGAUGAAAAAAGAGAAGUAAAUGUUGAUAUUUUCGAAAAUCUAGCCCCGCAACCCUCAACAUCCCAAGCUGUACCAAAUUCCACAAUCAACACCUUGGACUUGAUAUCUAGUGACUUUCCUUCGUUUGAUAUAAACAUUCAAAACAAUUUAGAAUUUAAUAACGAGAUUUCAACCAAAAAGGACGAAAUAGAAAAUGUGAAUCAGACCCAUGAUCUUUCAAAAUUUAUUAAUUCAAAAAAUAAGGCAGAUCUUUCGACAAGCAACUUGAGGCAGUGUAGCUCAACCAUAAAUAACAUGGCUUUUGUAUGUACACAUUGCUUGAAAGAGUUUAAGCAAAAAAGAUACAUUAAAAAACACAUUUUGAAAACGUGUGUAAAACCGAAUGAUCCUUCAAAAGUAGAAGAUUUCAUAAUUGAUGUCGAGCAAACUUUUUUUAAAAAAGAACAAACUCGCUUUUGUCAAGAGUGCAGUAAAAAUGUCGAUAUACAAACCUGGAAUGCACAUUUAAGGACAAAUAUUCAUAAAAAUAAUAGCACUAUUAAAUAUGGUAAUGGUAUUGAUAUGAUUAGAAGUGCAUUCAAAUGUCGUAUAGCUUCGUACAAAAUAUAUUCCCAAAAAUAUCACGUGGAUAUCAAAUACUUUUUGAAUGAAGCAAGAGAGAAUAUUUUUUUGCUUAUACGACAGAAGCAGCAAGAACACCAAUCUAUAAAAGUCAAUGCCGAGUUGUUUGGUGUGUACUAUUCCCCAACAUUAAACAAUAUGUCGGUUAAAUCCUUCAAUACACCAUUUUUCAUUGUUGUUGAAUCAACAGAUCUAGACGAAAUUUAUGAGAAUCUCUUAAAAAUCAUUUCAUCCAAGGCCGAUGAAUUACCAGAAAGGGAUUCGGAAGACGAUAACAUGGUGAUUAUGAAAAAUUCAGUUCCAGAAGAUUAUUUUACAUACAAAAGUUUCGAACAACGGUUAUUAAGUUUCAAAAAUUGGAAAGGCAAAUUAAGUCCGAUGCAACUGGCAAAGGCUGGAUUUUAUUAUACUCAAGUUUCGGAUAUUUGUGAGUGCCCAUAUUGUAAAAUUCAAGCAUACAACUGGGAAGUCAAUGAUUCACCAUUGGAAGAACACUUAAUAUAUUGCAAAAACUGCCCCUAUGCUCAAUGUGAAUAUAAAGCGAUGCUUUGCUUCAAAAACGUUAGUAUUUACAAAAUGUUUAGCAAAAUCAGUAGCAGUGCCAGCGAAUCGGAAAAGUCUAAAGUUAAUGAUUCUUCGAUUAUCAGUGCUAAACGAUAUUAUUUGAAUAAUUCUCAAACCAAAUUCAUCAAUAUUGGAUUAGCUGUUGAGUAUAAUUUUGAACCUCAUAUCCAGAUUGGUGGUAAAAAUAAUCAAUCUAUAUUACUAACUGAAGAGGAAUGGAACUCUAUUCUACAGUACCAGGGAGUCAUAAGCUGUUACAGUUGUUCCUAUAACAAUUUCACCGAACCCCUUUAUAUUCAUCAAGUGGCUGUUUACUUUGAAAAACUUGAGCAAAUACCAUUAAUAAAAAUUGUGAAAGGUGAUUGUUAUAUUUACCUAGGCAAUGAAAGUAUUUGCAAGCUCUGGGAACUGGUGCCUCUAAUUGACUAUCGAUUGGAUAUCUUACGAAAACAAAAGUUCAAUACAUAUUUGAACUUUUUUAAAAGCUCUGGUCCCAUUGAAGAAGACAGUCUACAAAAAAUUCAAGACAACCUGUCCCUAAAAGACCACCCCAAUAGUGAAAAUGUCAGUACAAUGUUGGAAUGUCUCAUCUGUUACCCGAAGCAAUUAAUUCAGCAGUUGAAACUGAAACGGAGUCAUGAAAAAAGCAGUUUUUUUUGA